GCUCGCGGCGCUGACGUGUCGAGGCCGGUGGCUGCGGCUCCUCCCCGCGCGGGCAGCCACUCGUCGCGGCGACGGAGGGGCGGGGUGGCCGGGGCCGGCGCUCCCCCUGGCCCCCGCUCCCGGCCCGGCCCGGCCCGCCCCGCCGCCCCGGCCCCCCGGAUGAGGGUAUAUAUUCGGAGCGGGCGCUGGACGCCGACGAGUGGCCGCGCCGAAGGAGCCGGAGCCGGGCGAAGCUGUGGUCGCGCUGACGGAGGUUUACAGGUGCAGAAAUUACACCCCAGUUAUCACAAAACUUGACCACCAGAGCAUUAUGAAUGUCAAAGACCUCAAAUUCAGAUUGUCCAAAGCUGGGCAAGAACACCUGUUGCAAUUCUGGGAUGAGCUAGAAGAAGCCCAACAGGUAGAACUUUAUGCAGAGCUCCAGGCCAUGAACUUUGAGGAGCUGAACUUCUUUUUCCAAAAGGCCAUUGAAGGAUUUAACCAUUCUUCCCAGCCAGAGAAGGUGGAUGCGCGAAUGGAACCUGUCCCUCGAGAGGUGCUAGGCAGUGCCACGAGGGAUCAAGAUCAGCUACAGGCCUGGGAAAGUGAAGGACUUUUCCAGAUUUCUCAGAACAAAGUGGCAGUUCUUCUUCUAGCUGGUGGGCAGGGGACAAGACUUGGUGUUGCAUAUCCCAAGGGGAUGUAUGAUGUCGGUUUGCCAUCCCAUAAGACACUUUUUCAGAUUCAAGCAGAGCGUAUCCUGAAGCUUCAGCAGUUAGCUGAAAAAUAUCAUGGCAACAAAUGCAUCAUUCCGUGGUAUAUAAUGACCAGUGGGAGAACAAUGGAAUCUACAGAGGAAUUCUUCACAAAGCACAAGUACUUUGGUUUAAAAAAAGAGAAUGUAAUCUUUUUUCAGCAGGGAAUGCUGCCUGCUAUGAGUUUUGAUGGGAAAAUUAUUUUGGAAGAGAAGAACAAGGUUUCUAUGGCUCCAGAUGGGAACGGUGGUCUUUAUCGGGCUCUUGCAGCCCAGAAUAUUGUGGAGGAUAUGGAGCAAAGAGGCAUUUGGAGCAUUCACGUCUAUUGUGUUGACAACAUAUUAGUAAAAGUGGCAGACCCACGGUUCAUUGGAUUUUGCAUUCAGAAGGGAGCAGACUGUGGAGCAAAGGUGGUAGAGAAAACAAACCCUACAGAACCAGUUGGAGUGGUUUGCCGAGUGGACGGAGUAUACCAGGUGGUGGAGUAUAGUGAGAUUUCUCUGUCUACAGCCCAGAAACGAAGCUCAGAUGGACGACUGCUGUUCAACGCAGGGAACAUUGCCAACCAUUUCUUCAGUGUACCGUUUCUGAGAGACGUUGUCAAUAUUUAUGAACCUCAGUUGCAGCACCAUGUGGCUCAAAAGAAGAUUCCAUAUGUGGAUUCCCAGGGGCAGCUAAUUAAGCCAGACAAACCAAAUGGAAUAAAGAUGGAGAAAUUUGUCUUUGACAUCUUCCAGUUUGCAAAUGUGAAACCACCAAUCCAAGACUGUGGCUUGAGUUGCCUGAAGUUUGUGGUGUAUGAAGUAUUACGGGAAGAUGAGUUUUCCCCGCUGAAGAAUGCAGACAGUCAGAAUGGGAAGGACAACCCUACUACUGCAAGGCACGCCUUGCUUUCCCUCCAUCAUUGCUGGGUCCUCAACGCAGGGGGCCACUUCAUAGACGAAAAUGGCUCUCGCCUCCCAGCAAUUCCCCGCCGUGCUACAAAUGGAAAGUCAGAGACCAUCACAGCUGAUGUCAAUCACAACUUGAAGGAUGCCAAUGAUGUACCAAUCCAGUGUGAAAUAUCUCCUCUUAUCUCCUAUGCUGGAGAAGGACUAGAAAGUUAUGUGGCAGAUAAAGAAUUCCAUGCACCUUUAAUCAUUGAUGAGAAUGGAGUCCAUGAGCUGGUGAAGAAUGGUAUAUGAGCCAGAUACCACGUUCCACCACAAUAAGAAUAGCUUUUAUUUUUGAUAGACCGACUGUGAACCUACAGGACCUCUUCUGGAAUAUUCAAUUUUCAAUAUCCACAGGCUUUCAUUUUGUUUGUUGAACUCUCGUAACUACUACAUAUUCCCCAAGAUCCAGAUGACUGAACUUUGGAAAGCAUUUUUAUGAUUCUCAAAUGAUUGAUGGUCUUAUUUAUAUUUUUCAAUUGUAUACUUUUUUUUCCAAGUUAGGAAAACAUUGGCCAUCUAGGAAAUUUCCUACAGCUUAAGUAUAGUUAGGGUGUUCAACAUCACUUUACUUGGAGCUGGAAGUGUUUGUUUUUGAAGUUGUACAUAAUAAUAAUACAUCAUUGUACAUGUUGAAAGGUUUCUAUGGUACUAAAAGUUUGUUUUAUUUUAUCAAAAAUUAAAUUUUUUUAAGAAAAUGAUUGGACAGUAAAAUAAACUUUUCUUCUUGUCUCUGGA